AUGCCAUCGGAGAUUGUGGAAACCGGUAUGCCAGUAGGUGAAAGUGGUAAAGUGUUACAAGAUGAGCUUACUGAGAAAGUGUUUAAUCCAACAAAAGUCAAACCCAUUUGGGAUUUCAAGGGACAUUCUGGUUAUGCUGUGAUUGAAUUUACAAAAGUGAGUUCUCUUUCUCUGAAAGAAAAUAUUCACCAUAAAGAUGGAAUGCUUUAUGGAUGGAUUGCAAGAAAAAACGAUUAUAAUCUAAGUGGAAUUGUUGGGAAGUUUCUUAAGAAGAAGAGAGACUUAAAAAGUAUCUCGGAGCUACAGGAAGUAGACAAAAGAUUAACGCUUCACCUUGUUGAAAAUAUAUAU